AUGGCUUACCAGACGUUUCAACAGGAAUAUUUACAGAUUCCGCUUGUGACGAGGGCAUACACAACCGCAUGUGUCCUUACAACUGCAGCAGUGCAACUAGAGAUCAUCACACCUUUUCAGCUAUACUUCAAUCCAGAUUUGAUCGUAAGGAAUUAUCAAGUAUGGCGACUUAUAACAAACUUCCUAUUUUUUGGUCCUGUUGGCUUCAAUUUUCUCUUCAAUAUGAUAUUUUUAUACAGAUAUUGCCGUAUGUUGGAGGAAGGCUCUUUCAGGGGGCGAACAGGUGACUUUGUUUUCAUGUUCCUGUUCGGUGGAUUUCUGAUGACAAUAUUUGGGACUUUUGUGAGUUUGGUGUUCCUGGGCCAAGCGUUCACAAUAAUGUUGGUGUAUGUCUGGAGUCGAAGGAAUCCAAAUGUUCGGAUGAAUUUCUUCGGCCUUUUGAAUUUCCAAGCACCCUUCCUGCCUUGGGUGCUGAUGGGAUUUUCACUUCUACUGGGCAAUUCCAUCAUUAUAGAUCUUUUAGGGAUUGCUGUUGGUCACGUGUACUUCUUCUUGGAAGACGUCUUCCCCAACCAGCCAGGUGGUGGAAGAUGGCUGAAGACCCCAUCGAUCAUAAAGAUGCUGUUCGACACUCCUGAUGAAGAUGCCAAUUACAACCCGUUGCCCGAGGAGCGCCCUGGAGGAUUUGCUUGGGGGGAGGGGCCACCAAACCUUGGAGGUUAA